UGCCCAGUGAGUGAGUGGUUCGUUCUCCUACUAUGGAAGAGCUAAGGGUGCCGUCCGUAAUGCUACUCUGGAUACUUUUUGCAUCAGUGAUCUGCGUUGUGUGGGCGGCAUCGGCAUCGACAUCGUCUUGCCAGAACGAAGACGUUUCGGACUGUGUCAAGAGGCUCAACCUGUUGUCCAAAAACCGUAGCAUAGUGUUUGCCAGCACGGAGGCCGAGCUCACCACUGUCUGCCAGCAUCUGACAGAAGCCAUUGAAUGCGUCAAUGGAUUCACAGAGCGAUGCUUCAACAGCAAACAGAGAGACAUCUACAAGAGGCUGACCAGCGGAGCAGCGCAGCUCAUCGACGAUUUCUGCAGGGAAGGUUCCCAGUUCAGGAAAACUUACCUGAAACAUUCCAAGUGCUACAAGCUCCUGCAGGAGGAAUAUAACCGUUGUGCAGAGACCUAUAUGGAACAGCAGGCGGAGAUGCAGAGGCAGGUGUUGAGUUCCCAGGACAAAGUCCGGAAUUCCUGCUGUCAACUGGACGGCUACAAGCAGUGCACCAAAACGGCCGUGUUGAACCACUGCAACGCCGAAGCAGCUGAACUUGCUGAGGACAUCAUCGUCAAAGCCGGCGGCCACUUAGUCAGCGCACACUGCGCCGGAUACAAGAUCGACGGACCCAAAUGCAACGGAUGCGGAAAGUUCAUGCCUGGCAACCUUGUUUCGUUAUCUUUACUUCUUGUCCUCCUCAAGCUGUGUUACCGGACAAGGCUGACUUAGCCGUGUACUUCCCUCGCCUAUACGACGGCAAUGUCGACAAGUGACGAUCUUGCGGUGACCCAUAACCGACCAAUGUAUGGCCUGGGUGUGCCUGCUUGAAAGGAACUGUAGACGUGCACAGUGCCCAAGGACUGAUUGCAUUGGAUUGUAUCCGAUUGGUUUGGAUAGGGCCGCGUGACACACAUCCGUGUUUGUGACUGUGGAGAGGUUGUGUGGAAGCUCAGUUUGAAGAUAUUCAUAAACGUCCACCUUCGGGAUUCGACGGAUGCUUGUGUGGUUCUUGGAUGUCGGGCUCGUGGUCACAGAGAGACAGCAAAUUGUGACGGAAUGCCUGCCUUGUUUGUGGUACACACAUGUCUGUAUUUGUAGUCCACAGCAGUGCAUCGCUCUAAGUUUUGUUAGCCGAGAUUUUAGUGCGGCUUUCUGGAACUACGUGUUAACCGAACGAUAUGGCUGUUAAAUGUCCUGGAAAGCGCGAGGUUUUGUUUCGGUCGAAAACUGUACAGUGCUUUGAUGCUUCGAUGUCGGUGACGACACGAAAGUAUCAAUAAUAGUACUACUAAUGCUAGAUUUUUAUUGAGUUCGUAUCCCCCGUCUAACAGGAUGUUGCUUUUAUACAGGAUAUUGCUCGCUGAAGUUCUACUUUUGUCAUAAUGCAAGCCGGUGUACCAGCUGAACGACGCCCACAUUACAACUCGAAGAAGGGUGCAAGGUGUCCUGCUGUUGAAUUCGUUUUUAAUCUCCCGUGCGAUAUGACGAUGAGGACCUUAUUCUUUUAUGUAAAUACAGAUAUGUAGAUGGACACGACUGUA